CCACUUCUAAUUUUCCCAUUGUUAACCAAACGCCAUCUGACCUAAGCAUGCAUCAGCCUGCAGCAACAUAUAAUGGCGCGAUAUAUAUAUAUAUAUAUAGAAAAAAAAAUGCACGUUGCGUUGUCCAGGCUCCAACUCAAAGCCGUGCACGGAACUGUUAAUUAAUCGCCUAUCCAAGCGCAGCAACAGCACCCACCUUAAUUCCAGCUCACGCUCCACUCUCCCAUCCACCUGUUCCCAAACUUCCCAUCCCCUCGGCACCGGCGACCGGCCCGACGCCCGGAGCCUCCUGCCGCAUUUUUCAGACUGGUCUGUUUCGUGACGUCGCAGGAGAAGGGGGGCAUCGUCGCUGUCGAGCCAGGGAGACUGGCCGCGACGAAGUGGUCAGAAGCAGCGGCGGCCGGCGCGGUUUCGGUUUCUUGGCUGGCCCGAGUUGUUCGAUUCCUCUCCUGAUUUGUGGAAAGGUAGUUCUAGUACAGAGUUGUCUGGAGGCCCCGUCGCUCUCUGUCUCCUCACGCUUGACUACUCGCCGGCGGCGCCACCGUCGGAGGCAGUUGCCAAUCGCCGCGUCCGGUGGCCGCGUUGCAGCGCCGGGGCGUCUCUUGUUGUGCUGCGGCGGAUUGUCGCGGCCUGCACGCGGUGAGGCCGGCAUCCCUCUUCGGAAGGCGUGCUCGGGCGGGGCCAGCCCAACCGCCGUUCGUGGGCUAGAGUUCCUCGCUCAGGUGAAUCGGGCGGCUCAUAACUUCCUUUGGUGUCUGCCUAGAAAGUGGAGAAAUAAGAUACAUAGUGGAAGAAGAUGAGAUCAGUUGUUCGGUCACUUCGCCAGCUCCGCCGUUUCGCCCAGCACCAUGCAGAGAGGCACUCACAAGCAACCAGAUUGUUCGGGCAGCAGAAUGCUUUAAUCAUGUGUGGUUUGACAUCCCGUUCACUGAGCAUGUUACGUCGUAAUGGUGAAAUUAGCAGAUUUGCAAGCCCUGGCAUGGAGUUGAUGAGGUCCAUGUUUUCCACUGUAGCGGCUGAUUCAAUUAAAGAUAUUGGAAGAGGUGGUCCGAUGGUGGAAUAUGAGAGGAGAAUAGCAUCAGGAGACCUAGUAGAUGGCGAUAGCUUUCAGGUUGAUACAAUUCAUCAAUUACAAAGGCUCUAUGAGGAGUUGAUUGAGAAUGAAGAAGACUGUCAGCUGGAUAGAUAUAAGUCAUCUGAGAAAUCAGGACGGAGUCGAUGGCUAUGGUCCCGCCUCAUUACUCAGCCUUCUACCUAUGCUCCAGUUAAGGGCCUUUACCUCUAUGGUGGUGUUGGUACAGGGAAGACGAUGCUUAUGGACUUGUUCUAUGAACAACUGCCAUCUAAUUGGAGAAAAAAACGUAUUCACUUUCAUGAUUUCAUGUUGAAUGUACAUAGUCGUCUUCAGAUGCAUAAAGGUGUUUCAGAUCCCCUUGAUGUCGUAGCAGCUGAGAUUUCAGAUGAGGCCAUCAUAUUAUGUCUUGAUGAGUUUAUGGUAACUGAUGUUGCUGAUGCUAUGAUUCUGAACCGGCUGUUCAGACAAUUGUUCAGCAAAGGCGUUAUUCUUGUUUCGACUUCUAACCGUCCUCCAGAUAAGCUUUAUGAAGGUGGCUUACAACGGGAUCUUUUCUUGCCAUUUAUUGACACCUUGAAAGAAAGGUGCAUCGUGCAUCCCAUUGGAUCUGCGGUGGACUAUCGUCAACUGGGUUCUGCUGAACAAGGCUUCUAUUUUGUCGGAAAACAUUACAGUACGCUUCUGAAACAGAAGCUCCAGUCUUUAAUUGGAGAUGAGGAACCCAGCCCACAAACUGUUGAAGUAAUCAUGGGAAGGAAAUUACAGGUUUCCCUGGGAGCAAAUGGUUGUGCAUAUUUUCCUUUUGAAGAUCUUUGUGAUAGACCUUUAGGUGCAGCAGAUUACUUUGGACUCUUUAAAAAAUUUCACACCCUGGCACUUGACGGUGUUCCAAAGUUUGGGUCUAGUAACAGAACGGCAGCUUAUCGGUUCGUCACACUGAUUGAUGUUAUGUACGAGAACAAAGCAAGGCUGUUAUGUACAGCCGAGGCUGGACCAGUAGGACUGUUUGAGAAUAUCGUGACUGUUGCUGAAGCACAGAAGGUUUCACCAAGAUAUUCACGCUCACAGAAAAGCGACGAUCCUGACUUAUGUGUGGACAAUGAGCUUGGAUUUGCCAAGGAUCGAACGAUUAGCAGGUUGACAGAGAUCAACAGCAGAGAAUAUUUGGAGGACUUCGAAAUGAGAUUGAGGCAACAGCAGCAGCUGCCCUUGCAAGGUCUAGAUAAUGGCGGUGAUGUUGUACUAGCAUAAUAAGCAGAAGGCUUCUGCCCCUCAUAUUUGAAAUUCUUGUAUUCACACCCACCUGUCUUACAUAGGCAACUGAGAAGCUAUGCUUUUCCAACAGAGAUGCAUGUAAAUGUGCAAUAAAGCUAUGUAAGUAUUUUUGCUAAUUGGUGAGUGAUCUAUAAAAUGGCUCAAUCUGUAGGGGAAAAUACCAUAUUGAUAAUUUUGUUGUAUCA